UGGUAGUGCACGCGACAAUAGAGAAGGAGGGUUUCACUUUGUGAACAGUUCUUCGGGCAUCUUUCACCAGCCUUCUGCGGUGCUGAUACUGUUGGCGACACGUCCUUGGGACGUUCACUUAGGUUACCGAACAUUUGUUUCUGCUUGUCACGCGAUCGUACUUAACAAGAUACACCGGGUGUCACUUUCCUCGGCUCGCAUGUGCUCCCGCCGCUAGGCGAUGUCUGUCUUCAGUCACACUUGGAGCCUUCUACCCCCUCCCUGAUACAGCUGCAGCCUUCAGCCAGAAUGGCAGCAGCGUUGAGCCGCCGCUGCUGUUUGCAAGCUUUGCUGCUCCUCGGUGGGGUGGCGCUCCUCGGUAUUGGCCUGGGAGUUGUGGACGCAGCUGAUGUACAGCCAUCAGGUAACUCCUGUCCUGGAAAGUUGAACUGUGCACUACUACAGAAGCGAACACCAUGCUCAUCUGGUUCCAGUCGUUGUGGGGCGUGUAUUGACCCCCUUGUGGAAGAUAAGAAUCAAGUCUGUGUAAAGCGGAAGAAAAGGCAGAGCGGAAAAGCCCCUGAAGCUGCUGAUUUGGAGAAAGAAAUCGAUGAUCUAGCCAGUAUUCUUGACAAGCAGAAGUCAGACCAACAGCUGGCUCAGAAUGCUGCUGUGCCAUCUUCUAAUAAUACUGGCAAUAAAGGAGCAGGUGCCCAGCCUGCAGUUCGGAAUGCUGCUGCAACUACUACAAACCCUGCCAACACAGCCAGCCUGAUGGCUGUGAAGGGAGCUCCGAUGGCAUCUCCACGUUUUCCUGAUGAUGCUGUUUUACUUGGUCUGGUCAUUCUGUGUUCUGUGACUGGAGUAUGUGCACUGAUCAUCGCGGGUGUCUGCUGGGCCAAGUUGCAUAAAGACACAAAAUUAGCGAAGAAAACAGAUUAUCCUGCUUUUAAAGGCAGUGCACCUCCACCAUAUGAGAGAGCUGUGCCUGGUGAUGCCAAACUAGCACAGAGUGCCCAGAUGUACCACUACCAGCAUCAGAAACAACAGAUGAUAUCCAUGGAAAAAAAUAAAGAAGACCUAAAAGUUUCUGACUCUGCUUCAGCUUCUGAUGAGGAAAAUGAAGAUGGCGAUUACACAGUUUAUGAGUGUCCAGGUCUGGCUCCGACUGGAGAAAUGGAAGUGAAGAAUCCUCUCUUUGAUGACUCAUCCCUGCAUCAUGCAGUCCCCAGACCACACCAGUAACUCUUUCACUCUUCUGCUCUGUUCGCACUUUGGGACUGGAGGCUCAGAAAAGGAGGAGAAAGAUGUGAAAAAAAAGAGCAACAUGCCUUCACAGGAUCUCCAUACCAAACUCUCCCAACUUCCCUGUAGGGUGGUGGGACAGCCAAAGCAGCCAGCUGUCUCUGCAUUUCUCUCAUGACUGUUAGUCUUAAAAACAAUGUACCUGAGAUGUAAAGAAGUACCUUGCGGUGGUAUCUGUUUGGCUUGCAGCUCUGUGACAUGUGGUUACAGUUCUUUAUGCUGGUGUACUGUGAAACUGAUGUUAUAGUUCCAGCGUCUUCAUGCAAAGUGUUCCUCCGAGGUCAAGAAGACGUCAACCUAUCAGACAUUACAAUACUUUGACAAAAACUUACUCUCUCUUUGCUUAUUUGAUUUUGUAGUAGGCAUUUUUUCACCUUUCCUCUUGAAUUAAUAUGGAAAUUAUUUCAUCUUCAUCUAGAUCCAAAGCAUAACAGUUUGUAAUGAUCAUUUUUUAGAAUAAUAACAGAUAUUUUGUUUGCCAGGUAGGAGUGAGAAGAAUAUGUAUGUCUGCUAGGCUGUGCAAAAAGUGUAACGAAUUGCAUACAGACCACCCCACCCACUCCAGAAACUUAAGAGGUUUUGCUCAUAGAAGCUUACUGUGUUUAUUGGCAGUGGUUGCUUUAAUAUUUCAGGGUGUUCUUUGAGUUAUUCCCUGUGAUGAGUGGGGCAUUUCCAUCCUGUAUAUGUCUGUCUUUGGGUGAGUGCAUCUGCCCUUAGUUACAUACAAUUCAUAUGUUAAAUCUGAGGAUUUACCACUAUAUUUUUACAUCUGAGUGCAGCAAGUGAAGUGUGUGUGUGUGGCUGGCCUGGGUUUAUCAUGUUAAUGGGUUGGUAUGCCUCAUUAAGUACCCCUAACCAGAUUGUGCUGCUGCCAUGUGCUGCCCACCUUUUUACGUCAAUGCACAGCUACCUUCUUAUGUACCACAAUAUCUAGUUGCAGUGUUUACAACACACUUGAGUAAGCGUGACAAAGGGUUGAGCUUGCUUUGUUUGAAAAGCUGGAGCAGAUUAGUGUGUAAUGAUGAUAAAAUGGUACAGUUGAUCAAAGAACCUGUGUUGUUUGUUGCUAUAGCUACAUCAAGGCACUUUGUAUAAAGAUGGCCCUCGAGAGAUGAAUGGUAAUAGUCUUUUAAAAGGAGUCUUCAUCUUCGGCUUACAGUUCUCCAUUAGACUAACAGAAUUAGUGAGGUUAUAAACUGGGUGACUGAAAAUAUGUUCCUUGUAAAGGUCAAAACAGUGGGGGAGUUUCCAGCUUGCUGAAGCUUGUUGUUGACUGUUUAGUAAAGUUGGCAUAUUCCUGAAGUGGGAAAAAAAUCUGAGUGAGGAAGGUGCAUUGUCACCUCAAAUUCAUCUCUUUCCUGGAAGCAAGGGAGACCUUUCCUGUUUCUCCUUCUCUCUCUUUUCAUGUUUCAGACUGGAUAAACCAAUCACUGAAGUGUUUAUUUCUAGAUACUUCACAUCCUUCCAUUGGUCUGGCCUUUAUAGGGCUGAUCAUACCUCAGUGCAGCCAGAACUACAAUGGUGCACUUAUCAACUGUCACUUUCUUUUCUGGCAUUAAAAAAGCAGUGACACUCAAUUGCUUACAGGAGUCCAGUGAAAAACACUGGUAAGAAAAAUCCUGACAUUGGAAGCAAACACCCAAAAUCUGAAAACCUAGUCCCACAGUAAACAAUCCUGUAGCACUACAAGCUUUGUAGAGAGACCCCUUCAGCCUUGUGUGGGAAUGGUACCCCAAAAUUUAACAUAUCAGCUAGAAGAUCAUGGAAGUUGUGUUUUUUCAAAUAGCACCACAAAAACAGUAAUCAAGAAAAAAAUGAUAAUUUUGCGAUAUGUAGUCGUUCGCUUACUACUUUUUGGUAGAUCCGGUUCACAAUAUUUUUGUUAACAAGUCAUAAUCCUGUUUCCCUGAAAAUGACUUCAUCUGUUUUUCAUCUUUUCUUGUUGUACUUUGAUCCAUUUUCCAGUGGAACAUUGUGUUGAGUGAAUCAAAGCAGUUCACCAGGGAAAAGUUGAUGCAGUAGAACCUAAUGCCUCAAUACAUCUAAUGGCAGCCUAGAUUUGCUGCGGAUGCAGGCAGUGUGUGAGCUAACAUAACAGUUUUGUAAUAAUGGAGAAGGUCUCUACUAGCAGUCACCUUCACAGUUGUUUUAGCUUAAUGCUUCUCACACCUGGUGCACUGACCAUUGAUUGUGUAGCUUUAACUUUUAGUGACUCCAGAGAUUCAUGUAAAGUACUAGGCAAAAGUCAAAUAUACCACAUUGCUAUGGUACAUGUUACAGCAACAGGUUUCCUGAAGGUGUAACCCAAACAUUACUUUUUACACCAUUAAUCCAUUACUUGUACAGCUAUUUCCCCCAUCAGGUAAAGUUCCAUAUACCCCCUAAAUCCAGUGUUUCUGUCAGAAGCAUUAAUGACAUCUGCAAAAUAAUGUGGCAGUAUUACAAACAGAAACAUGAAGUAUAAAGUUAGGCCACAAUGUUUCUGUGGAAAGUGAAGCUUGUUCCCUUAACAGUUUCCAGUUUUACUGAUAUUUCUGGGAAUGGUGUCAUUCCAUUCUACUUUUAUAAAACAGAUUUUUGCUGUGAUGUUUAACUAAAAGUUAGUGGUAUUUGCCAUUGAUACCUCAGUCUGUGUCUGUGACAUCAUAGCCUGUAUGAAACCCACAGUUAAGUAUAACUACUUCAUCAUUUCUAGUACAAACAUCAACUUAUACAGUGUAGAUCUUUUGUAGUCUGUGGUGGAACUAGCAAAUGACACGCCUUCAAGAACUAUUACCCAAAGGAGAGGUUAGUGCACUAGCUAUAUUUUUACACUGUUGCUACUGUGACCUUCAGGGAGACUAAGAUAUGCUAUGAACAUCUUAAACUGGUCUAGUAUCCCAUCAACAUUCCAGUUGGGAGCAGUAUAGUGGUUAUUCAAGAGUGCCAUAGAUGUUGAAGCAGUUGCAUUUAGAAAAACGAGGAGAUGGUGCAUGCAGUAAAGGCCAAGAAACUGAGGAACCCCAGGUUAUAUGCAGUAAGAGCCAGUAAACUGAAGAAUGCCCAGGUUUUUCAUGAAGGGCCAGUAAACUGAAGAAUCAGAAUAGUGUUUGUAGCAAUGAACUAAGCAAUACCAUUUUUAUUUGUGGUAAAGUCCAUUCCAGUGCAGCCUGGGGUGGAUUAAUGCACUUGCAGAAUGAGGUUUAUGGGAGAUGCAUCUUUAUGAGGUCACCAUAUGCCAGAAACUGCUUGUUUUUGGUUCUUCACCUUAGUCCUCCUCAGAUAACUUUCCAGUUCAUAUAAUUUUGUUUCUUGCUAGCUCCUUCUGAAUUAGAAUACAGUGUGAAGUCUUUAUUCAGUUAGCUUUGUGACCUGAUAUAAAUGCAAAACCUGAGCAGAAAGUUUCAGGAUUGCUCUGGUAAAUAUAGGGGGAAACUAGAGGCAAAGCUUUAUCCCUCUUUUUAAAUAGUUUACUGGGCUUCAGUACCUUUGUCAGUGGGUGUUGGUGGUGAGCCAGAAUCCUCAACGUUCAGUACUUGACAUUUUCUCCAGGUUGUUGGUGCUUUUUGUUACUACAUUAAUCCUUGUGUGUAUUUUCAGUGAUAGUAAUAUAAUACUUUUCUUCAAAAGAUGUAACUAUAAAUCUCUCACAUCAGAGCCAUGCAACACACACUAGUUACUUUAGAUCCUUUCCCCACACACAGUAAAUGUAUGCAUAACAGGAUAAUCUGAGGUUUCCCAUUACUGCUGUGCAUUGCGUUGUUGUCCUGUUAUGCCUUAAACAGACUCUGUAGUUUAAAUCUUCAAAUAGAAAUAUGUUCUUAUUAUUAUUUUCAAGAAUGUUAAAUCUGUGUGAGAGUGAUAUCUAAUGAAGUCAUUGUUUUUACUUUAUGAUUUAUUUACUUUGUGUCUUCAGCUUAAAUGCAGCAGCUUAGUCUCUGUGGGGUAUAAUUUCUAUCCAGUUUCACAGCUGUGCACAUUAAAUAUUCAAGUGUGAACUUGGGACUCUAGUGAAGACUGAAUCCUUCAACUCCUGAUCCAAGUUUUUUUUAAGUGUAUAAUUCCUCUUCACUGUUAAGUCUGAGAGUAAUGCCAGUAGUUACUGGUGUAAACAGAGGAGAAAUGAAGAGACAGUUAUUCCAUUCAUUUUAGUUAGGUCCAAACCUGCAGUUAACAUAAUGUCCUAACAGACAUUUUUUCCCCAAUAGGUUGUACACCACAGUGAAAUGGUUUUAGAUGUAAAAGAAAGCUGAACUCUUCUAAAUCUGUCCUGAAUGCCACUAGUGAGAGGUGUCCGUGAUAAAUCCACUUAAUGUUGAUAAGUGUAUGAUAAGGCACUGCUGACCGCCUCUUCAUUCUGUAGUUAUCUGUGUGUUUGUUUCCUCCAGGUCUCCCCCAAGGUUGUUGCCAUUGUGACGAACACUGAUUUGGGCUAAGUUUGUGAAAAAAAAAAUUCUGCUGAAUAGCUUGAAACUCCAUGGUGAGGCCUUCAUUUUGACAGCAUCCAGACUGAUGGCAUAUGGGCAAUCAUAUUCUGGGUAGGCAGAGAGCUGAUUUGUUAUUAGAUGCACUGAUGUGGGACUUAUAAAAGUGGACAACCACAGACUUGUGCCCAGUGCUGGAAUUAUACUUUGUGAUAAUCUGAAGAUGGAAAGUUUAUAAUGGCACAUUAUUAAUGGAGCUCCUGCAACUAUACUAUUGCCAUUGCUGACAGGGUUGUGUGAGCUUCUGAAGGGAUCUGUCAUAGGCAGGAAUAGUAAUCAACAAUGAAAAGCUUAACUUUUAAGUCUGGUGCCGAUCACAUCAGCGCUGUGCAGUAUUCAUGUAGAGAGCUGGCUACAACUGUCACUCAUGAAUAGUCUCUCUUUUUUUUUAAUAGUUGCUGCUUUAAUUUAUUUUUUCGUGUUUCUUUAAAAAAAAUGAAUAUAUAAAAGUGUACAUUGUAUGAAGGACAAGGAUUUCCUCUCUUUGGAGAACAUUGGUGGGUUAUUUGUAUAACAACCAGCAGACUGUCCAUUUCUGUAAGUCCUGCACUCCAACCGAUUGUGCUUUCUGAGAACAUCCUGGUACAAUAUAUGUAAAUUUUCUAAGCAUGCUUCUUCCUGGUGUAUUAGGGGUAAUGAAAGUGGUAUUGAUCUAGAAAUCUGAAACCAAAACACUAUCUGGAAAGGAGCCCACUGUUAAUAUCAUUCUUUAUUACAAAGUAUUCUGCAUAAUCGGGGAAAAUACUGUGUUUUUACAGACACUGAAACUUUGUCUCUAGAUUGUUUAUCAAUAAAACUAUUAUCAGUAUAA